UGCAUUUUGAAGAGUAGGGUGCGCAAGCCUAAAAAAGAAUAAAAAACCAGAGGGCGUCAGUUUGGGCGGCCUUAAGCCCCUGUUCACACGAGAGCUCCCUGAUAAACAUCAAUGUGCGCUUAAUUUUCUGUUCAGUUUGCAGUUGCUUCUCUGGGAGCGGAUGAGUGGAGAGCAGUGGGUUUAAAAUUGGGAAGCGACGGUGGACUUCUGAUCUCAGUUGAUUUCUCCGGCAACUAUCUGAGAACAAUAGCCCAUGGACUGAAUAUUAUGUGAAAGAAGUAUUCGAAGUCAAUAUAAAUUUUAUUCUCGAGCGUGUUAGCUCAACCGAAACGCAUUUACUUUCUCCUGCAAACCUUUUGAAACACACUGUGCUUAAACCCCGGCUAAACCUUAGCUGUUUUUUCCAAGGGUUUUUGAGCAUUGGAGGCUUAUCUCUGGAGGCGCAGAACGUCAUAAUGGAGCCUGACUUGGCAGAUUUGAAGGUGAAGGAGCUCGUAAAGGAAAUUAGCUUGGACUAUUCAAAGACCAAGCCUUUGAAUGACGCUAUUGCAGUUAUACGAGAUUUUUUGUUAAAUCUUCCAGACGAACAGAUCAAGGCAACAGAAGCAGCUGCUUUUAUCAAAGACUUGGGGGCACCUAGUGAUAAAGUGAAUCUCAAUUUCAAGAAGCCAGAUUCUGUAGAAAUUGUUGGUAGUUAUGGACUUAAGACAGUAGCCAAACCGUUUGUAAAUGUAGACCUUGCGGUGCGAAUGCCAAAGGCAUGCCUUUUGGAAAAAGAUAUUUUGAACCAUCGAUAUCAUGCCAAAAGGUGUCUCUAUCUUUCUGCGAUUAAAAGGCAUUUGCAUUCAUGUUCUGUGGUUAUGCAAAUUGAAUGGGCAAGCUUUCAAGAUGAUGCCAGGAAGCCGAUUUUGGUUAUUCAUCCAGGAGGACUUGAUGAUGACAUUGGACAUGAUUUUGUGAUAAGGAUCAUUCCAACAGUUACAGCUGGAACUUUUGACUUGUCAAAGCUUUCACCUAGUCGCAAUAAUGUUCGAGCAUUUCAGAAGGGAGGCUUGGUUCAAGCUACACCUUAUUACAAUUCAAGCAUAUUAGAAGAUAUGUUUUUAGAGGAACAUGCUGUCUUUCUUCAAAAUAAUAUUGCUGGUUCAAAGCCUUUUGUUGAAGCAUUGUUGUUAUUGAAAGUUUGGGCUAGACAGAGAAAUUCAGUCAAUGCACCUGAUUGCAUGAAUGGAUUCCUAAUGGCUACAAUUUUAGCAUACCUUACGACAGGAGCUGGAGGUCAACGUGUCAAAAUGCAGAUGACAGGGCUUCAGGCUUUUCGUGUUGUCAUAGACUUUAUAGCAAUGUCAGGUACCUUAGAGAAAGGUAUUUUCAUGCAGUCUAAAUCUGACGGCAAUUUGUCAUUGCAGCAAAAGAAAUCCCUUCUCCAGAGUUUUGACAUUGUAAUCUGUGAUCCAAGUGGGUACCUUAACCUUGCAUUUCGGAUAACCAAGAGCGGAUUAGUUGAGCUCAGAGAUGAGGCAGCGCAGACAUUAAUAUACAUGAACACAUGUAAGGACAGAGGGUUUGAAGAGGUGUUUAUGACAAAAAUAGACUUUGCUGCAAAGUUUGAUUACUAUGCCAGAAUCAGUCCAGUGGACAAUGAGCAUAGGAAGUUAUCUAAUGUUUGUUUGGACAAGGAAAACUGGAGAGUAUAUGAGAAAGAAGUAGAAUCAUUACUCUGUAAGGGUUUGGGUGAAAGGGCACGUCUUAUUCGAGUUAUUCCUAGAAGGGUACCUGCAAAGUGGAAGAUAGAUGAGGGUCAGGCAUGCUUAGGGAAGAUUCCACUUCUUGUUGGUAUUUUGGUAAGCAAUUUUGAGAAAGCUUUUCGAAUGGCCGAUGUUGGUCCAAGUGCAGACAACAAAGAUGAGUCUGUCAAGUUUAGGAACUUCUGGGGAGACAAAGCCCAAUUACGCCGAUUUAAGGAUGGGACAAUUGCAGAAACUGCAGUAUGGGAGUGUGAACUGUGGGAAAAACAUCUUAUAAUAAAGAAGAUGAUGGAGCAUAUUUUUUGUCGCCAUUUAUCUUUGUCCUCCCAUGAUUUUUGUAUUAUUACCGACCAGUUGGAUUUUUCAUUAGUGCAGGGAGGUAAAGAUCAAAUUGCUAGCACAUCAGUCUUGCUAGAUGCCUUUGAUGUUCUAUCCAAGCGGUUGCGGACUUUGGAGGGAUUACCACUGAAUAUCUCUAGUGUUCAACCAUUGGAUUCAGCAUUCAGGCAGACAUCUGUAUUUCCUCCUAUGCCUCAUCCUCUUGCCAAUGAAAAAGUACAAAAAGAAUGGUCCCAGAAAUUAAUUUCAACCUGUAUUCAACCUCUGGAGGUCAUGAUUCAAUUCGAAGGUUCUGGGAAGUGGCCAAUUGGUGAUUUAGCAAUUGAGAAGACCAAGUCUGCUUUCUGCUUGAAAAUUGCCGAAAGCAUGCAGAAGCAAUGGGGUGUAUUCACUGUUGCUGCUGAGGACGCUGUAGAUUUGCUAAUGGCUGGGUUCGCUUUUCGCCUGAGAGUUUUAUAUGAAAAGGAUAAAAGUUUAUUAAAAAAACAAGGUAUCUUUGGUAUAACCCUAGCUGGAAAUGCACCAUGGAGCAAUUCAGUCCCUCUGGAAAGGGAUUUUUUGCUGCGUAGUCAACACUCAAGCAUGCUAAAUGGUUUGCAGGGACUACAUCCAACAUAUGGGCCAACUGUUCGGCUUGCAAAAAGAUGGAUUUGCUCACACCUGUUUUCAGGAUUUUUGGCGGAGGAGGCAGUGGAGCUAUUAGUUGCUUAUAUAUUUGUGAGACCUUUCCCUUUUAAUGCUCCUUGCUCACAAAUGACAGGAUUUUUAAGGUUUUUGCGCCUCAUUGCUUACUUUGAUUGGGCCAUGACUCCUUUAAUUGUUGAUGUAAAUGGAGAAUUAACCAUGAAGGAACAUGGUCUAAUUAUGUACCAUUUUGCUGCUAAACGCAAAGAGUUUCAACGAGAAGUUGUUGCAAAUAAUGGAGUGCCAGCCAUGUACAUUGCAACACCAUAUGAUCUAGAAUCUGAAAGCUGGACCUCAUUACUCCCAGACAGUCAGGUUCUUAAAAGGUUAAUAGCGUAUGCUAGAAGCAGUUCUGAACUCCUUACAAACCUCAUUAACGGGAAAAUACAUGAUAGAUGGGAGUCGCUGUUCCGGACACCUCUGCAGUGCUAUGAUGCCUUGAUCCAACUUCAUAUGGAUAAACUGGCCCAUCCACAUCAAAUAUUGUUUAAUGCUGAGAUUAAUCAAGGAUCAACACCAGUGGCCAGCUGGAGUGCAAGCAAGGAUUUCUGCCCAUAUUUGUCUCCAGUGGUCUUAAAGAGUGGGAUUGAUGAAGCUAGGAAGCAUUUGUUAGUUGGCUUUGAUCCAGUGAAAUACUUUCUUCAUGACCUGAAGACUUACAUCCCAAAAGGUUUAAAUGUUUGGUAUGAUGCUUUUGGAAGUGAAGUUAUGGGCUUAACAUGGAGCAAGGAAGCUUCUUUUUCAAAGAACACAGGCCAGAAGAGAAAGCGAGAAGCAGCAGAUCCUGUUGACCUUGAUGCAAGAAAUAUUUUGCAGGAGAUUGGUGGUCUGGGUGAAGGACUUGUUAAAAGUGUUAAUCUUCUCAAGCUUCCCUAGAAUAAUUGAAGGACUGAUGUGGUUUGUAGCUUUCUUCAAUAAGGCAAAGACAGGGUGAUCUCUGUGCUUGUCAUGUUGCUGUACAAUUUAGAAACACAUCAGAUUCUGCAAUGUCACGAUCCAUUUAAUGCUGUUGACAACUUACAUCAUAAGAAGAUGAGUUGCAAUAUCUUGUGGAUGUGUGAGCCCUCUUCAUUUUCUAGUUUGAUCUAACAUCUAAGAAUUUAAUUGCAUGGAGAGACAUUUUGUUUCUGUAUGCUUCAGUUUUACCUCAUGUGCAUGAUGGAAGAGCCUCUGCUCUUUUCUAAUUGUAUUUUAUGUAUUAUCUCAUCUGCAAGUUUUUUGAUGGCAGAUGCUUUUUAGGUGCUUACAGCCUUGUACACUAAUUCUAGUAGUGGAAUGUUGCGCACAUUUGUGCAUAAGUUCAUACAUGGUGAAUAAAAGAUGUUGACGGAGUAUUUUUAUGUGCAAUGAGCACUUACGAACUUUGUAGGUUGUCAAUACCACAAUGUAUUCACACUUAUAACAUUAUACUUUUUUGGACUUGACCUGGUUAAUUCAAAUUAACGAAUACAAAUUUCUGAGAA